AUGGUUUCUGCAGACGAUCGCAAGCAGAACGACAUCAUCGUCCUCGUUACCAGCCGUUCCUAUGAUAUUCGAGCUGUCGACGAGAGCAACGUCAAAUUCCUUGCGGAUCCCCAGCGAAUAACGGUGGCACUAUCCCGAGCCAGCCAUGGCCUCCUCAUUAUUGCAGAUUUCCCAAUGCUACUGAAAUAUGGAACAUGGCAGGCAUAUUUACGUCAUGCAACCCAAGAAACCCCCAUUGUCAAUAGCAACUACACUACAGCUAUUUUUGACGAGAAUCUGAAAUGUUGGAAUGCAACGAUAAAAUAUUUUACGGAUGUUUUCACAAGUGCGAUGAACGGUUAUGUUUCUACACAGGUGAAUAUUGUAAAUUGGUACGCUCAGCAUGGAUUGCAACCAGUUCCCAAAAACAUUAUUAUUCAGGAUAGUUUGAGACGCAUGCAAACUUAUGAGCCACCAGAUAUCGUCGAUCAACAGGGGAUUAUCAAUGAUCAUUUGACAAGUACCCUUGUUGAAACGCUUAUUGAUGCAGCCGAGGAACUGGCCAUCGAGCGUCCGAAACCGAGCACACAGUACUGUCCUUAUGGCUGCGAGAAAAGUUGGAAUUUGUGGAUGUGGUUGACGAUUGCUUCAUUUGGUUUUUCAGGAGUUACUAUUGUUACUCUACUUUGCUUGUCUAGACGGAUGGAUAUACUAGACAGAGGAAGCGACGAAAUUGAAGCGAUUGAAGAUUCAAAAGAGCGUCAAUGUUGUUCACUUCUUGAUAUGUUUAGUAUGAGUACUUAA